AUGCACGUAUACGUUCAUAGCGCCAAUCCCUGGCUGGACGGCCAUGUACAAGAAUGCAUCAAACGACACGUACCGGACGCUAUCUGCCAUAAGAAUUUCACCGAUAUUCCAGAAGAUGCCGACACUGUGUAUCAGCUUCUUAAUGGAUGGGAGCUGAACCAUCACUUUGCUGUACUGAACAGAGCCAAACAUGGACUCCUCAACGCGUACCCCAACAGCGAUGCAUUGGCUCGAAAAGACCACAUGGCAAGUGUCAUCGAUUACUGGAUUACCAAAAGGCCAGAAAGUGUGCUCAAAGGUCAUAGCCCUGCGACUGUGAAGUUAUCCCUCGACUAUAGCGAGUAUGUCGAGGAUGCGUUGGCUGCAGCUGAUGAUUUAACUCUACUGUACUCGCUUGAAGAUAACGAAGCAAAGGAAUCAUCGGAACGAGAUUGGUGGAUUCUUAAACCUGCCAUGAUUGAUUGCGGUCAUGGUAUUCGAAUAUUCAGUACCAUUGACGAGUUAGCGGGUAAUCUUGAACUAGCUGCCGAUAUUUCCGAGGAGGAUGAAGAGAGCGAAGAAGACGCUGAAACGCCGGAUACUAAAUUCGAAAGUGACGACAGCGCUGAGGGUUUCAAACCAAGUCUAUCGGCACCUGGACUUGAUUCGCUAGAUGCCCUGAUCACAGCAACUGGAAAGCUCUCCGUCCAAGGAACAAACAAGAUACAAGAUCUGGUCAUCGAUGAGAACGAGCGCAUCCCAUCAGCCCUUCUUCGAGAGUUCGUCGCCCAGCAAUACAUCGUCAACAUUCCACCCAUCGACGGCCGAAAGUGGCACGUUAGAGCCUACGUUCUCUCCGUCGGUCGUCUUAAAGUCCACGUCUUUAACGAAAUGCUCGCCUUACUAGCUCUAGACGACUAUGAGCCCCCAUGGAAGAAUCCAAGUCUCAAAUCAUCGUUGACCAACACCGCUCUCCAAGAUGAAGAGGAGUUCACCAGUAAAGAAUCCAUGCGAGACUUUUGGAAGAUCGAGGAUGAUCUACUUCCUGGUGACUGGAAGAAAAGCGUCUUUGAUCAAGCUUGUCAAAUCUCAGGAGAGUUACUUCGUGCAGCCGCUCACACAAUGGCUGAUAAGUUCACACCGCUGGAUAAGUGCUUCGAGCUCUUCGCCAUUGACUUCUUGAUCGAUUCCAAGGGGACGGCGUGGUUGUUGGAAGUCAAUGAAACACCGGCUUUCUACGAACAAGGUUACGCGGGGGAACUUGCGCAGCGGCUUAUGGAGUCGUUGAUCUGUGUGACGUUGGAGCACAUGGGGAUGGCUGAUAUGGAGAAUGAGAAGAAUGUCGAGGCGAGAGGGAGGAUGGUGGAGGUUUUGGAUGCGACGAAGGAGUUGGCGAAGAGUAAUAUUACGGAGAUUCUUCCGGGUGAUUUAUAG